GCACACUCUUUUCUUCUCUUUCACUCUAGAAAAGAUGGUGGUGUCUGGGUCCUGGCCAGUUGCUGCUGCCGCCUGCUCCUGAGUUCUUACUGGAGGUGACCAGAACGCGAUUAAGAAUCGAAGAAACCUUGGACGGACGUGAGCCUCUGGGCGCUCUGAGCAACUCGGUGCGGAGUCGAACCACCGUCGACGACUGGAUGUUCAAGAAAGAAGAGAGAGAUAGAUAGGGGAAGGAUUUUAAAUUUCAAAGUCAUCUCAUCUUGCUUCUCGACUCAUGUACGUAGUUCAUUGAUGAUAGUGCAUAAAAAAUUCCAGUAGAAUGGGGAAUGCAAAAUCUGGUGAAGCUUCAUCUUCUCACAACUAUCAUCAACAAGUUCCUUUUCCUGUUGGGAGUUCCUUGAAUUAUGGAAACCAUAAUAAACGACAACCAACAUUUAUAGCUGAUAAUUUCAGCUCUCUUGAUGAGGUUAUUACUGCACUUAGAGAUGCUGGCCUUGAGUCAUCGAAUUUAAUCCUUGGCAUUGAUUUCACAAAAAGCAAUGAAUGGACAGGAAGGCGUUCGUUUAACCAGAGAUCUCUUCAUGCUAUUGGUGACACACCUAACCCAUAUGAGCAAGCAAUAUCUAUAAUCGGGCGUACGCUGUCACCUUUUGAUGAAGACAACUUGAUACCUUGUUUUGGGUUUGGUGAUGCAUCUACACGUGAUGAAUAUGUCUUCAGCUUUUUUCCCAACCAUCGCCCUUGCAAUGGUUUUGAGGAGGCUCUUUCACACUAUAGAGAGAUUGUUCCAUGUCUGACCUUAUCAGGUCCAACCUCAUUUGCACCACUUAUUCUUGCAUCAAUUGAUAUCGUAGAGAGGAGCCAUGGGCAAUAUCAUGUCCUUGUGAUUGUAGCUGAUGGUCAAGUUACCAGGAAUCCAAGCCUACCUCAUGGAAGACUCAGUCCACAAGAACGGGAAACUAUAGAUGCUAUUGUUGAAGCUAGUUAUUAUCCUCUUUCAAUUGUUAUGGUUGGCGUGGGUGAUGGACCAUGGGAUGCAAUGAAGCAGUUUGAUGACUAUGUACCUCAACGGUCAUUUGAUAACUUUCAGUUUGUAAACUUUACAAAGAUUAUGUCUGAGAAUAUGACAAUGUCGAAGAAGGAGGCAGCAUUUGCGCUUGCUGCACUAAUGGAAAUUCCCCUUCAAUAUAGAGCCACACAAGGCCUUAGGCCUAUGGAGAAGUAUGAAGAACGAGUUGGUAGGAGAAAGCCUCUUUCUCCUCCAUUCGAAAUAAUUGAACAUGAUAAUGCAGCCAUGUCAUACAAACAUACGAAAAACAUGCAAUCAACUGAUUACAAUGUUCCAGCAGAGCAGGUAUGCCCUAUUUGCCUAACAAAUCAAAAGGAUUUGGCAUUCAGCUGUGGUCAUAUGACUUGCAGGAUAUGUGGUGCAACAAUAUCAACAUGUCCUUUAUGCCGGGCACCUAUAACCACUCGCGUGAAGCUUAGGUCCUCUUAAACAAUCCUGUUCAGUCAAUGGUAUUGGUACUGCCAAUAGCUCUCAAGUCAUAUUACUUGAUCAACCUGUAUAAUUGUAUGAUACAAUUGGACCCUACUACAACAAUGAUCAAAGUAUUAGAGGCCAGUAUGACUGUUUAAUCACUCUCAAUGGAGCACUGAUCAAAUAUGCCAGAGAUAGAUCAAAUAUGCCAAAGAUAGACAACACUGCUGUAACUUUGGUUGCAAGUGUUUGUCAUGCAAGUAAUGUGAUGCUAUGUUAUGCUUUUGGCUUGCCAAGGGAAAAAAUUGUGCGGGUUUUACAUCUGCUCUUGUAAAUGAGAAUUGAUGAUGUUGAUGUACAAACACUGAAAGGAAAUAUGGCUUUAACACUAAUGAAUGUUGGAAUUCAUUAUUG